AUGCGUUGCUUUUCCCCUCCAUCAUCAUUUGGCCCCUUCUUAUCUGCACCUGAUGUUGCUUUAUCUUACGAACAAAAUUCAUGUGAUAUAUUGGUAGCUGAUAACUUUCAUCUUGUUGUUGAUACCUGUCCAAACAAGGAUGCUUUCUGUAUUGAAAACAUGCCAUACUCAAACAGUACUAGGUCGGUUGAUCAAGAGGAUGAGCCAUUUGUUGAGAUUGAUCCAACGGGAAGGGAUCUCAAUUGUAGUAAUAUCUUUAUUAAUGGCAAUACUGGGGAGAUAAAGAUUGGAGAUUUUGGAUUCGCGACAAUGUUGGGGAAGGAUCAUGUAGCGCAUUCGAUACUUGGGACUCCGGAGUUCAUGGCACCGGAGUUGUACGACGGGAAUUACACUGAAGCAGUGGAUGUUUACUCGCUUGGAAUGUGCUUGCUUGAAUUGGCGACUUUAGAGAUACCUUAUUUUGAGUGUGAUGAUUUUGUGAAAAUUUAUAAGAAGGUGACUUCUCGGGUGAAGCCUAUGGCACUCCAAAAGGCAAGGAAUCUGGCGGUGAAGGCUUGCCUUGCAGGACAGAAUGAUAGGCCAUCUGCAACUGAGAUUCUCCAGGAUUCCUUCUUUGAUGGACUCGAUGAUGACGAAAACUGUGAUACUACCCCUGGCCCUGGCUUUCUAGUAAUUAGUCUUACUCAUAGCAAUUUGAAUUUGAUUACUACACUGUUCUUUUUCCUUGUUGGCAACUUAGCAACUAGCAAAGCUCCAGGAUUUUACUAA